CUAGUUAUAAUCUUAUAAUAACACGGUUAUUUGAAAUUCGUUAGCCGUAGUAGAAGCAGUAGCCUGGUUAAAGAUGACAAACAAAGAUGUAAGAGAUACAGAAACCUCACAAUGCUAGUGUGAUCGAUUAGGUUCAUGUCUGACAUUUCUAUAUUUUCGAUUUCACUGCAUCAGCGCAUGUGUGAGGCCGGAGUUGGGGUGGGGAGAGGGACAAGUUAAACGAGUGAGGUGGCAUUCAUCCGGUUCCUGCUUCUAGCAACACAGCAAGAGAUAGAGCAAAAGCUUGUUGUACAAUCUAUCACUAUAGCCUAGCCAAUUGUUGUGCAGAAUGAGAUAUGCUUGCGUCAUAGCCUAUAGCCUACCCUGCGUUUAUUCAGACUUCAAUAAGAAGAAAGUAGCCUAAAGGUCAGAGCUGAGAGGAAACAGAGGCUAUCGAGAGGCAGGACUACGCUGGAAUAAACCCUGCAGUCUCACCCAUGCUUCCUCCCGAAUAGCCUACUUCUCCAGCAGUUUUACACUGUCCCCACUACUGUUUUGACGUUAUAAUUUUUUUCUGCAAAGGAAAGAACCGAACCAUGGAACUUCUUUGCUUCGAGGACAAAGUCGUGAGAGCCCAAAUUGACCCCAACAUUCUCUAUGACGACAGAGUAUUGCAAAGUCUGCUAACCAUUGAAGACAGGUUUCUACCGCAAUGUUCGUAUUUUAAAUGUGUCCAGAAGGACAUUCAGCCACAAAUGAGGCGAAUGGUUGCAGGAUGGAUGCACGAGGUUUGUGAAGAGGAGAAGACUGAGGAAGACGUUUUCCCCUUGGCUAUUAAUUAUUUGGACAGAUUUUUAGCGGUGGUGCCCACUAGAAAGUCUUAUUUGCAACUUCUAGGAGCUGUAUGCAUGUUCCUUGCAACAAAGUUAAAGGAGAGUCGUCCAUUAACUGCAGAAAAGCUGUGCAUGUACACAGACAACUCCAUCACACCAAGGGAGCUGCUGGAGUGGGAGUUGGUGGUCCUAGGGAAGUUGAAGUGGAACAUGGCGGCAGUCAUCCCAAACGACUUUGUGGAUCACAUCAUAGGCAGACUGCCCCUGCCCAAAGAGAAGCUAUCUGUGGUCCGCAAGCACACACAGACAUUCAUCGCCCUGUGUGCCACAGAUUUCAGCUUCGCCAUGAACCCCCCCUCCAUGAUCGCUUCGGGCAGCGUGGGGGCGGCAGUCUGCGGCCUGCAGCUGGACAAAUCAGACCAGGCCCUGAGUCGAGACCGUUUGACUGACCUGCUGGCUAAGAUCACCAACACAGAGGUGGACUGUCUGAAGGGGUGUCAGGAGCAGAUAGAGCGGGUGUUGGCCAGUAGCCUGCAGCAGGAGCAACAGCAGCAGAGGCAGGAGGCCCAAGGCAGGCCGGGCAGCAAGACCAUAGAGCAGCAAGACCAGUCCAGAACCCCAACAGACGUAUCCAGCACCCCAACAGACGUACGCGACGUCAACCUAUGAGCUUCCCACCACCACCACCAUCUACAAGAGUGACGUCCACCAGCGAGCUCCCAGCAAUCACGUCACUCUGUCAAUCUAUGGGAUCCAACAACAUUCGCAACGUCAAGCAAUGAGCUGCCAGCACAUACGCCAAGUCAACCAAUGAACUCCCACCACUAAAUGCCACACCAAUCUAUGAGUUCCCACCCUUGUGUGUUAAGUCAACCUGUGAGGUCUCACAAAGUUUGGGAUGACAGUCUAUGAGCUGCCAACAGCAUCAUGCUGGAAUUAUCAACUGAUGAGAACUUUUAUAAACAAGAUAGAGAAUAGGUUAAAGAAAAUUGGGUGGCUCCCAUCUAUAUUUAGCUGGUCACAAAUUAACAUAUGUGCCAUAUUAAAUUAAACAAGCUAUUUUAGACACAAAAUCUAUUUGAAAACUUGAUAGUGCCUUAGGUUUGCAGAAAGGAAACCUGAAUAGAUUUGCAUACUUGAAUUAUAAAAAUAUAGAAAUAUUAGUUUUUUACUUGAUAAAAAUGCAAAAUAUAAUUUUUCACUCGAAAAAAGCUAGCAAAAACAUUUAGUUAUUAUUCAUAUUAUUGUAUUAUAAUUAUUGUUAUUAUAAAUAUUGUUAUCAUUAUUUCAAUAUAAUUUAGUUUUAUGAUUAUUAUUAUAAUAAUUGUUAAUCAUUAUUAAGCAUUUAUCCAUUUCACAGUGAGUGGGCGUUUCCCUCAGUUUCAAAUACAGGAAGCCCCUGUAGUACUGUGUGCAUUACAUUACAGUAAGUGCUGGUUUGGUUCUGCACAGUGUUCAUACACCUUUAUUUAGGAGAAGCUAAUGUACAGGAGGAGGAGAGCUGCAUCUCCUGCCUGCUAAACUGUGCAUCUGUAGCACUGCUUCCUAUUUAUGCUCUUAUAUGCUGGCCAGGAGAGGGCUGGGCCCACUCACACAGAACACACAGAGAGAGAGUGAGAGAGGGGGUAGAGACACACUGAGGAGACCUGAGGGUGUGUAGAUACUGCCCCCUAAGGGUGAGAGUGAGGACAGAACAACUAUCAGCUGUUAAGGUCUUGAUUUCAUUGCCAAGUUAAUACCAAGCCAAUAUUUACUUUUCGAAAUGAACAAGGCUAUUUUUGUUGUUAUAUGUUAUUGGAUUGUGUGCUCUGAGAAACUCCUGCACAUUAUACAAAAUUUAUUGAGGAUCAUAUAUACCUUUUAUACCAGGGAGCACUGUUUAAGUCUGUCAGUAAAGUUGGCGUGAAAGCAUGUUUUUGUUCUGGAUCAGCCAAAGCCAAUACUAAGGAAAGGAAGACGGCAUGAUGGAGGGAUGGUCUUAGUCUGGAGAUGAGAAUGAAACAACAGUUGUUUGUUUGUGUCAGAUGGAUUGUUAAAAAAGUUUUGUAGAGUUGGAGUGUAUGGAAAAUUUAGAGCAGUGAAAGUUUGGCAAAGGUGGAGUAGCCUAUUGGAGAGUGAGAGGAGAUGGCAAAAAAAUGAGGUUUUGAGAGUGGAACUAGAGACGGCACGAUUGGUGCCAUGAAAUGAAGGACUGCAGACAGUUGAAAUGAGGGGGAAAUGGAUGAAGACAUGGUAGGAAGCUCUCGAGUGGCACACCGGAACAAGCCUGUUCUUGAUUGGAAGGGCUGCAGACGGUUAUCAUUCUGAUAGGUCAAGAGUUGAUCACGAGGGAGCAGUUUGGUGUGCUGGAAUGUUUCCUGUAAGGGCCAUACUGUUGUUAAAUCCAACUAGAUAUUUAAGUCAUGAUCAAAGACUUGGAUCAACCUAAAUGCACUUUUAAAAACAUGUUCCAUAAAAGCUUAAGGGUAUGGUGAUCAAACGGGGUAGAUGGGUUUUCUAAUGUUUUAUUUUUUUAUUAUGAUUUUUUUUCUUUAAGUUAUUUGAUAUUCUCUGGGCUGGAUUCCCACUUAGGGUGAUGCACAAUGACUAGAAAGCAUUUCCUGACCAAUUAGUAGGAGAAGGGUUUACCAACGUGGAACCAAAUCAAUUGCAAUGCAAACCUAGGAAUGCUUUAAAACAAAUCACAUCUAGACUUGAUUCUUUGAUUACAUCCAUUUAACUUGAAUUUUAUUUUUGCCUGGUUCAUAUCCAAAUCAAUAUGAUGGUCCUAAGAAAGGAUUACACAUCAUAAUGUUUUUUUCUGGUUCAUUGUUUUUUUGCAGUUUGUUUUGCUCCACAGUUCAGCUUGUUUGUCAGAAGAAAAAAAAUGUUUCCUUAUGGGGUGAUACUAUGUAAAAAAAUUACUUAAAAAACAUACAAUCUUUAAACCUAUAGGCAGAAAACUUUGCUCUUUACUUUUGGCAUGCAUUUUCAACAAUGCAGAAAGAACUUAGAACCUAUUUGCUUGUUUUUCUCAUGAAACACAAUUUUCUAAAAACUGAGAAAAUAUAUGAGUAAGCCUUUAAUGUUUUGUUUAUGUUAAUUACUUACAUUAAUUACUUCAAUUAAUUUCUAAGUGAUGAAAGCCAAAAUAGAUCUGUUUAUGUUUGAUAUCUUUUUCUUGCUGCUAUUAAGCGUUUUGUUUUUCAAUCUUAUAAUUGUGAUAUUCACUUGAGUGUGCUGCUAAAUUAUGAAUUUUAAAGUAUCCUAUUGUUUCCUUGCUUUUUCCUUGUUGUAUGUAAACUGUAGAGAGUGGUAAAGUAAGAAAGUGGGACAUGUCUUGGACUGGAAGUACCAUCUGCAGUUUUCUCAAAUAGCAUGUUUUACUCUCUUCUUUCCAUUUAUCUGGUGUUCUGUCGUUUCCUUGCUACAUUCUCCCCUUGAAAUGUUGUUGUAACUCAGGUUCAUUGGACAAUACCUCACAACUCAGCAGUUUUUUCAGGGAGUUAGAGGAAUCAAAUCUGACUCUGAUGCAUUUUGAUAGGUUAUAGAUUAUUUUCCUGGAUGAGAGGCAGGAGAUCCACGUGGCACCUCCUCUCUUUAUACAACAGAAAUUCCUUCUCAUCUGUCAGAUUACACUGAUCUGUCGUUGGCCAAGUAGAGGACCAUAUACCAGUUAUUUCAUAUCAUACCUGGUGCUAAAUAAAAGACGGCUAUAUAAAAUGUAUUUGGAAGAUUAAAAAACAAUAUAUUUGUAUAUAAUUUUUCCUACUUAUGAGUUACAACUUAAUUGGCACAUUUAGGAUCAGUGUAUUGGAUUAAGUGGAAUUAAUUUUGUGAGGUACCCAUUUAGUCAGAGUUUUUUUUUAAUCAUCAAAAAAUAAUGUUUGUGUUUAAUCCUUCAGUGUGGAAAUCUGUGGGUUUCCAGUUUGUUUUGACCCCCACCACUGUCAACCACAUGUACCUCAGAAGUGUCUGAUCUACAACUUCUGUUCAAUAAAUUUGACCCCAAAAAAAGA